AUUCGAAGUGUUACCAAACCAAUAUCUGCUCUUCAGAGAAUCUCAUCAAUGGCGAUUCGCGGAGCGCAAUUCCUGUUUUCCGUCUCCAAACGUAAAACCCAUUUCAUUUUUUCACCUUGUGGAUCCUUUGUAAGGUUCAACAGAUUCUCCUCGUCAUCACAAGACUCAAAUCAGUUCCAGAAUGUUGGAUUCAUAGGGCUUGGCAAUAUGGGAUCUAGAAUGGCGAAUAAUCUAAUCAAAGCUGGAUAUAAAGUCACCAUUCAUGACAUAAACCGCGAUGCUCUGAAAGUGUUCUCUGAAAUGGGAGUUUCCACCAAACAGACUCCUUAUGAAGUAGCGGAAGCCAGUGAAGUUGUGAUUACAAUGCUGCCUUCAUCAUCUCAUGUUAUGAAUGUGUAUACAGGAAAAAAUGGUUUGCUUGAUGGUGGAAAUGCUAUACGGCCUGCUCUGUUAAUAGACUCAUCUACAAUUGAUCCCCAAACAACAAGAAGGAUCUCGCUUGCUGUGUCUAAUUGUAUUUUGAAAGAAAAGAAAGAUAAUUGGGAAAAACCGAUCAUGUUAGAUGCUCCUGUUUCUGGAGGUGUUCUUGCUGCAGAAGCCAGUACACUUACUUUCAUGGUUGGUGGACCUGAAGAUGCUUACUUAGCCUCGAAACCUAUAUUUCAGACAAUGGGUAGAACUUCCAUUUACUGUGGCGGCUCAGGAAAUGGCUCUGCUGCAAAAAUCUGCAACAAUCUAGCGAUGGCUGUUAGUAUGCUCGGUGUUUCAGAAGCACUGGCUCUCGGUCAGUCGCUGGGGAUAUCUGCCAGCACUUUGACAAAAGUGUUCAACACAUCUAGUGCUCGAUGUUGGAGUAGUGACACAUACAAUCCAGUCCCGGGAGUGAUGGAAGGAGUGCCUUCUUCAAGGGAUUAUGAUGGUGGAUUCAUGUCGAAAUUGAUGGCUAAAGACCUAAACCUCGCAGCAGAAGCAGCAGAAGAAGCUGGAUUCAGGCACCCUUUAACUUCCCAAGCACAAGGAAUGUACACAAAGGUCUGUGAGGACGGUCAUGAGACGAGGGACUUCUCGUGUGUUUUCCGGUACUUUUACAACGGCAAAGACGAGGCAUGAAGUAUAUAAAAACCAUUCGUAACAGAAGAUAACCCGACAUGCGUGAACCGGCAAAUAAUGUGAUUCGUGUAAUAAGGAUUCUGCCCAUUCUU